UUACAGAUUACUGAUAUCACAAAUAAAAAUGUAACCAAUAAAGAAAAUAUUUCAAAUAUUUUAACAUCAAAUAAAUCUAAGGCUGCACAAACCUCAGAUAUAGCCUCACGAACUUUAAAACGAAGAAAAAAAGAAGAAUUACUGAGUGAUUUUGUAGAUAAAGUUUCAAAUGAACAGUUAGAUCAGUUUCAUACAAAAUUAAGUACCUUCUUUUUUGGCUGUAAUAUUCCUUUUAAUGUUAUUGAGUCAGAUCAUUUUAAAAUUUUAUUGAAGCUCUUCGACCUGCAUAUGCGAUACAUUUACCAGGGCGCAAAAUGGAAAAAUACUUCUAAUAAUACAAAAACUGUUGUUACUAUGUUACAUAAUGCUAAAGGAUCGACCGCAUUUCUUAAUGCAUGGGAUAUGACUGAAGAAAGUGAAACAGGUGAUAAACUCACCGAGAUUGUAAAUGAAUCCAUCCAAAUAGCAAAAGAUUUAUAUGAGACAACAGUAUAUGCAGUAGUAUCAGAUAAUGCUGCAAAUAUGUUAAAAAUGGGUAGAAAUGUUGAUAUUUGCUGCGGAGGUAGUACACCUUUGGUUAACUCUUCAUUUUCCAGAAAAAUUUUGCAACUUCCAACCUUUAUUAGAAAAUCGAAAAAAAUGGCAUUUAAUAUUUAUGUACUUGUAGCAUAUUAUUUGCAUCCAAAGUACCAUAAUGAUACAAGUGAAACGUUGUCAGUUGAAGAAUUACAAAAAAUACAGACUUUCCUUUUAGAUACUCUUGAUUCAAAAGGAGUACAUGAACUUCAUGAAUUUCAAUCGAAAAAUGGUAUUUUUAAGACUUUGUUCAAUAAGCACAUUGAAGAUGCAAUACUUUUUUGGAGUAUGGCAAAACUUCAUCAUCCAAAUUUAUCUACUUUGGCAUUAAAAUUAGAAAGACUGCCUGCAUCAUCAGCUCAAAUUGAGCGAAUAUUUUCAAAUUGAUCCUUUGUACAUUCGCCCAUACGAAAUCGUUUAGAUUUCGAACGAUCCAGAAAACUGUUACACAUAUAUUACACUCACAAAGUUACUGAUUCAAAUAUUUGCAAUGAUUAUUAAAAAAUAUAUUAAUUUUAUAGAUUAAUGUUUUUUUUAAUAAGUGUUAUAACUUAUAUAAUCUAAAAGCACAAAACAAGUUUAAGUUCUAAAAUUGUUAUGUUCAAUAUAUAUGACAUAUAUUAUAUUACUUUAUAAAAUUUAUAGUUACG